GAUCUACUGUCCUUUUGUUCGUGCUCUCGAUUUCACUUCUCUUCAUCCAUGUCAAGAUCAACGGGUUUCAAUAGAUUCGAAAGCUUUCCUGUCACUUGAUAUCAUCAUUUUCAAUCCUCGAUAUCGUUAAUGCAGAAUCGCCUAAGCGUACUAGAAUCCACGUAAACUGCGUCUGAAAAUCUUCAUCCACAUCAAAUAAUUUCCAACAUCGAACCUGAUACCCCUAUCUAACCAAAUCAAAAAGAAAAUGUCGUCUCGCUCAGGUUCAGGUUCAAGCUCAGGUAGAACACCAUCUACGUCGUGCGCUGGCUCGGGUCGAAUGGUCUUUGGAGGAUGUUCAAGCCAGGCUUCUGCUAGAUCAGGCUCUAGUCGAACGUCGUCUGGCUCGGGCUCUAGUCGUUCGUCAGUGGGUACGAAUUCAAGUCGAGGAUCUUCUAACUCAGGCUCGAGUCAUUCGUCAGUGAGCAUGAAUUCAAGUCGCACAUCUGGGAGCUCAGGCUCAAGCCAAAUGUCGCUUGGCUCAAACUCCAUCCAAUCAACAGUUAACGGUUUGGAACCUGACAUUAAUUCCAGAAAGCACGCAAACAGAAAUCAUAAGAUGAUUGGCUGGUCUGGCCCACGGCUUCAAGAGGAUCCACGCGUAAAAGCAUAUGCUGAUAAGAAGAGUGAUCAAAUGGAAAAGAAGGCUUGGGCGGAGAGAAAAGCGACUUCUGAGGCGAGGAAGAAGCAAGGUUAUUAUAUUGAAAAUGAUAUGGCAUAGAUUGUUUUUGUGAAGAAUAUUGGAAGGUGCUUGGACUUGGAGAAUAGAAAUCGAUGAUAUUACACAACUUUCGGGUCUCGAGACA